AAGAACUCAUCACCAUGGUUUUCUCGUCGUUCCCAAUCUUCCUUGACCCUCCAAACUGGAGCCAGAUGCAGCAGCAACCUCACCUGCAGUGUCUGAUGGGUGGAGGAGGAGGAGGAGGCGGCGGCGGCAACGAUCACCAUCACCAGCAGCACCACCAACUGAUGCCUCCGUCGUCCGGUCAGCUGGCGCCACUGCCAGGCGGGCCUGACAACACUGAGUCAAGCGCGCCCGCCGCGGGCGGAUCGUCUUCGGCCUCUCUGCAGCUGGUUGUGUCGGGACAGCAGGGCGGUCCGGGUGAGCAGCCCCCUCGGCCGUCGGUGUCGAUGACGGAGCGCGCCCGGAUUGCCCGCGUGCCCCUGCCGGAGCCCGGCACGCUCCGGUGCCCGCGCUGCGACUCAGCCAACACCAAGUUCUGCUACUUCAACAACUACUCCCUCUCGCAGCCGCGCCACUUCUGCAAGGCGUGUCGCCGCUACUGGACGCGCGGCGGCGCGCUCCGCAACGUCCCCGUCGGCGGCGGCUGCCGCCGCAACACCAAGCGCUCCAGCAAGAAGCGCCAGGGCCAGGGUGGUGGAGGCGCUGUCGCGGCCGCCACGUCAUCGUCCUCCACCACCUCGACCUCUACCACCACUAGCGCCGCCGCGACGAACGCGGCCGACAUCAUCGCCAGCAUGCAGGCGCUGCCGCACCACCUCGGCCUCCCGGCCGCGGCUGCGCUGGAAGCGUCGCUGGAGGGGUACCACAGCCACCACCAACACCAGCACCAUAACCUGUCUUUUCUGCCGCCGCAGUUCCUGCAGCAAGGGCUGCACGGGUACCACUUCGCCGACGGCGACAUCGGAUCACAGCUGGCCGACGGGUUCCCGAGGGGCGUGGCGUCGGGGCUGCUUGCACAGCUCGCGUCGAUCAAGAUGGAGGAGCACAGCUCGGGCGCUGGCGGCGCUGGAGGCGGCUUCAUGGGAGGGCACGAGCAGUACUGGCCCGGAAGCGGCGGCGGUGGCGGGUGGCCAACGGAGUUCUUGUCCGGGUUCAGCUCCUCCUCGUCGGGGAAUGUGUUAUGAUCGUCGGGGAAUGAGCUGUGACCGUAGGGGAUGCAUUGGGUUAUGCAUGGAUGUGGAUGUCACUAUGUCAGUCACUGAUGAAAUAGGCCUUCCUGCCUUAGUUUCCAUAAAUUAGGGUUAUUAUGUGCUGUGGUGUUCUUCAAUUAGGGCGGCGUUUUCUUUUUUCCUUUAACAUGUUU